AUGCGCGCGCGCCUCGCAGCGGCGGCGAGAAUACGGCGCUUUGUCUGCCCCUCGGACGACUGCCCGUUCUUCGUCCAGCUCCGACGCGACUACCACGACGACCAAACAACGGUCGCCAAGCCGACGCACCCCCAGCUGAAGGGGCUCGCGAGUGUCCGCGCUGGCGGCGGUUAA